AAGAAGAGGGAAUUUUGGAUCUCAAUUCAAGUAAGAGAAAGAACAGGUUGAUAAUGGCUUCCACUUCCCGCCAUCAUGUCGGCGCCGACAGUUUCAAAACCGCCGCCACGAUGAUGUUUUCUGAAAAUCAAUCCCUAAUUUCUGAAAUUAGAAAAACCAUAAACACGAUGAAGGAAGUUGCAGUCGACUUCGAAAAACGUGAUCAGUCUCAAAUGGUAAAGGUGCUUGAAGAUGCAUUAGUAGAAUUACUAAAAGCUUCUGGAGAAUGUACACAUUUUUCCUUGGCACUUCAAUCUGUUGGAAACAAUUACCAGCCAGGUCCACAGUUAACAGAUUUCAAGGAGUUGUUUGAUGAAGAGAUUGCAAAAUCUAAAGCUAAUUCAUCGACUUCUGCUUCUGAGGAUCGCUUAUUACGUCAGUUUCAUCAAGCAGUAUGGAGUGUUCACCAUGCUGGACAACCAAUGCCAGGUGAAGAGCAGGAGGAUAUUGUUAUUACCAGUACACAAUGCAAUCUUCGGAAUCUAAAUUGCCCAUUGAGUGGAAAGCCUGUUACUGAAUUAGUGGAACCGGUUCGCAGUUUGGACUGUGGGCAUAUAUACGAAAAGAAUGUUAUUUUGCAGCAUAUUAAAAAGAGUAAGGAUAAACCAUGCGCCAUAGCAGGAUGUCCUAAAUUUUUGCAUGCUGAUAGAUUUGUGUGUGACCAAUUGUUGCUCGAUGAAAUUGAAGAGAUGCGAAUAAUAAACCAAGAAAGUGUUAGGCCCAAUGUGAUUGAAGAUAUCACCGAUGGUUGUGAAGCCUCCGAUUCCAUGAGUGGGAAUUAUGCCAGCACAUCAAAAAAACAAAAACGAAAAUAAACUACCCUUUUCUUAUUGUGUAUUAACUUUUUUAUUUUGAUCUUCCCUUUUUAAGUGCAUGGAAUUGCAACUAAAGUCGAUGCAACUUUUGUAUGAAUCUAUCCAUGUAACCACUCAUGAACCCUUGGGCUAUUAGUGUUUCCUUCAUUUUCAAA